AUGAAAGACGAAACCACUUCUCCUGCCAUGGAGGACUGGCAGUUCAAUCUCUUCGAGGCUGCAAACAGACUGAAGAACGGCAUCAUUGAAACCAGUCUUCUUGGCUAUAAUACAAUGGCGGGCGGUGAUCCCAUCACUGCUGUUGUCAAGAGCUUUUUGGCAAACCACAAGAAUUUUGGUCGUUUGUGGCUGAACCUCAUUUCUAGAGACGGAAUGGUGCCGAAAGAGAAGCUUGACCAGUUUGAGCAGAAAGCGAUAGCUCACUUUGGCGUGAACUAUAUUCGUCGCCUCAACGCUCAUUCUACUGAAGAAGAAGUCGAUGCUGUGCGCCAGACUAUCAACGCUGGAAGUCUUCAGCAUGGAAUCGUCUUGAAACCAUAUGGAUCCUGGGCUAGGCUUUCUCUUCUGGAGCAGGUCAUUCUGAUGCUUCCACCUUAUAGUGUCGUUCUCUUGCUCGUUCGGGAAUACUUCAAAUUCCAGCAGAAGUGGUUGCCGAUUUUGGACGAAAAGAAGUUCUUUUCUGAGCUCAAUAGAGUGGUGGGACCCACCUUGGAGGGUUCCUGUAUCAUCAAGAGCUUCGAGCUGGCCACAGAUGCCGUCAUUUUGGGAACGCUUCUUUUGGCCAUUCGUUUGGCAUACUGCAGCAUUGUUGCUUCGGAAUUGACCCUAUCAAAAGCCGAAAGAGCAUCCAUCUUGGAGAACCCUGUGGUCGUGGAUGCUGGAUUUGUUGCAAACGACCUUUUGAAGGAAAUGACAUUCUGCAAUGUUGGCGGCACUCAUGGCCUCCGUGCUCUUAUGCUUCUCCAAACAUUCCACAUUUUCAGUUUUGAACGUGGCAUGGUCACCGAUCAGAUGUCGUCCCUGGACAUCAUGAAGAAGAUACACACCUGUGCCAGCAACAUUCACUUGGAUCUUGACAGAACUGUGCUUGGGUCUUGGAGAAGCAGGCUUGUCUUUGAAGCCAAAGAAACUGAAGUUGCACGGUCCCUUUGGCACACGAUUCUACGGUUGGAUGUCUACUGUGCCUUGCUUUUUGAUCGGAGUCUUUCAAUCCAUCCAGAUACAUACCGUGUGGAGCUUCCUUCUCUGGAUUCCGACAAUGAGGCCGUGCAGCAUAUGACCGAAACAACAAGCCUAUUCAUGGCGCUUCUUGACCUUGUAUCAUCUACGAUGCCGGUUUCCAGCAAAAUCGACUACAUGCAACUUACAGAGAAAAUCAAGCGUUUGGAGGUUCUAACUAGCGAAAAGCUCGGUCGUAUCGGAGAUUAUCUCCAGCCUUUGGGCGACGAGAAAUCUAAUGCCAAAUGCCACCGGUUCUUGCUUCUCAUGAUAAGCAAAAUUUGGCUUCUGACGGUCUACUUCUCGCUCUACUUGUUUUUUGAGCGUAAGGGCGAGCUUGAUCUCAGCGUUGAGUACUUAAAAAAGCGUCUUACCGUCACCCAGAGAGACAUUUGUUUCCUCAAGCCGGGAUUCCUCGACCACAUCGAGUCGUACUUCGGUGUCGGCUCAAAAAUACUCCUAAUACCGUUUUUCAUGUCCCUUAUGAGCAGUCAGCUCGGUGCUGGAGGUAUCAGAGUGCGUUUCGCUUUCACUCUCAGGCUGAUAAAAUCCGAUGAGACCGACAUUCAGACAAUCAAGAGGAAGCACCUUUACGAGCUGAUUCACCGUAACGUUUUUGCAGCCGAGGAGGCCUCUUUGGAGCUUGCAGAAUCUGUGUCGGAGAAAUACUACCACGCCUGGGGCAUCUCAAGAUCCACUCGUGUGGGACAGAGAAUGAUCAACGAUGAGAUUCUUUUCGAUGUCACCGACGAGGUCGCCAGGGCUGUGGAGGUGAACUACACAAUUGAGCAGCUCAAAGACAUCGAUCUGGUGCUCAACGAGGCCAACAUGGAGCACAGGCUGUACACCGAAAUGUUUGGUAGCCGUCACCAGGACAAAGAGAGCACCUCGGAGGCCCGUGAGCUCCGUCUUUUAAAUGCCCUCCAAUUGGAGAAAAAAUGGCUGCUGGUGACGCAGAUCCAGGCCCAUGCUCAGAAAAGCGCUUUCCUCAGCAGAGCCGGAGUCAGCACGGUGGAGCCACCCAGUGCAGAGCCAAUAGCAGCGUGGCAAUACGAUCUCGAGCUGUUGCAAGGUUACGACCCGCAGCUCCUCAUGGAGUUUUUCGGCAACGUCUAG